AUGUCCGAUACCUGCAUUGUGUGCUUAGGAGACCUUGGCGAAGGCGCCAGCGAUCCCACUCUCGCCGUCGAUUCGCUGCCAAGACCUACCAGCGGUGAUGGUAUUGCUGAAGAUGUCACCGCUCUCUUGUCCCAGACCCCCGACCGAGAAUCCCAAUAUAUUGCCCACUUGAUCCCCUGUGGCCACAACCUUCAUAAUGAAUGCUUGAAGCCCUGGGUAGAGAGAGCAAACAGCUGUCCAAUCUGCAGACAAAAAUUCAACGUUGUCGAGCUCGCUGAGCACCUUGGAGGCUCUGUCAUCUCAUCAUAUGCGGUCGAAGACCGAGUGCAGGUGGCGGAGAUUGAUCCGACGUUGAUCAUUGACGAUCUUGUCGACGAUUCCGACUCCCAGCCGUGUCCGAUAUGCGGGGACGACGAUAAUGAAGAUUUGUUACUGCUGUGCGAUGGAUGCGAUACAGCGUCCCAUACGUAUUGCGUCGGCCUGGACUCCGUUCCAUCUGGGCCCUGGUUCUGUUGCCACUGUGAAGGCCACCGGCCACUUCAGUCUGAGCCCUCUCGGCCUCGGAACCGAUCUUCACGCCGUACACGCGCCGAUGUGAGAAGAACCCGCACUCGCAACCAGAUUCAAGCCCUGCACUGGGCGAGAGUCUGGCAGUCGGUUUGGGAUCAUCUUAAUCUUGAUCUGGACUUUCCCUUUGACGACGAACAAGCUGCGGACCGAAUUAUUCAGCAGCGUCGGCGUGAAGCAGCCAACAGAAGAGAAUUUCGCACUUGGGAAAGACGAUUCAGGCAGCCUGGGCGGACUCCCACAACUACUCGUUUUAGAACAAAUGCUUCAGAUUUGCUUGAAAUAGGUCGAGGGUGGCCAUCCAGACCAAGGCAACGGGUGGAAACUCCUGAGCCUGAGUCAAUUGAUGAAAUCAGAGCAUGGAACGCAUUUGAAAGAGCACGAGAAAUCCAAGAAGUUCCUAACUCCAACCGGCGAAAGCGGAAAUCCCCUACCGCUUCUCCCGCCGAACCCGAACAACCCCAACCUGAGCGCAGAUUAAAACGACCUCGGACCCGAAGACCAGAGGAAUUAGCAGAGCUCUUAGAGCGUGGAGAAUCUUCCAGAGCGGCAAGGCCUGUCAACUCUGCUGGAAGUCCGUCUACAGAGUCUGGACCAACAUUUUUGCAAUCACUUUUGAAAGAAGUCGAGGAUUCAUCCGGCCCUCACCGCAUUAAUGGCACGCUUCCUAACGCAAACAUCCCUGGCCAGUGUGUGGACUCAACCUCACCUGGGCCAUCGUCUCCUGCGUUAUCACCAGCUUCUUCGAACCGCUCCUCCCCUCAUCCAUCAUCCUACACCAGUCCUCAACUUACCAACGGUCCAACUACUCCUAUCUCAUCUACGUCUGACGCAGCGCUUUCCUCACCUGAAUUUUCUCCCUCAUGCUCUCCAGCACGCGAUGCUGCUGGGGUAGAUCAAACUCGCCUUUCCCGUCAGCUGAGACGGCUCCAACCAAGAAGAGACAACAAUGAUUCCUCGUCACCAUCACGCCUCCGGUCGAUAGAAUCCUCUCCCACACGCUCCGAACUUUCACUCCAUGUUAAGUCCGAUCUGCAAAAGAUCGUUCGGGCCGCUUUGAAGCCCCAUUAUCGCAAGCACCUCGUCACGAAAGAAGAAUAUACUGAAAUAAACAAGCGGAUAUCUCGUAUGUUGUACGAAUUUGCCGCAUCCAAAGAGUCUGGAGACCCCAUGGAUGCGGAGAGCAAGGCAAGGUGGGCUCAUAUUGCCAACAACGAGGUGAUGAAAGCUGUACAAAGAAUCCAAGAACUAAAAUCCAACGAAGCAAGCGAUAGCAGCGGUGCCGCUUCAUCUUGA